AUGGUUUCCGCUUCGAAGGAGAAGAGACUCGCGAAGAAGGCCGCCGACGGCAAGGACAAGAAGUCCAAGGUCGGGUCGAAGAAGGCGGCAGCGGCCGAGGUCGAGCUCGAUGGCAACGGAAACCCGAUCGUGAACGAGGAGGACACAUCGAACCGGGAUGAGGAGGUGAAGCGGCUGGCCGCUCAAAUGGACAAGCACGGCCUUUCGGACCGCGUCACAACGGGCGUUCUUUCAUCGACGCCGACGAGUCGUGACGUGAAGAUUACCAGCGUCAGCCUUGUGUUCCACGGCCGCGUGCUGAUCCAGGACUCGACGCUGGAGCUGACGUACGGCCGCCGCUACGGCCUGCUGGGCGAGAACGGCUGCGGAAAGAGUACGCUGAUGAAGGCCAUUGACAAGCGCGAGUUCCCCAUCCCGGAGCACGUCGACAUCUACCUGUUGAACGAGGGCGCUCCGCCGACGGAGCUGGGUGCGCUGGAGUGGGUUGUUAGGGAGGCACAGAACGAGCUGGAGCGGCUGGACAAGCUGGCUGAGAAGUAUCUGGAGGACGAGGGCCCGGACAGCCCAGUGCUGAUGGAUCUUUACGAUCACAUGGAAAGAAUGGACCCCUCGACCUUCUCGACCCGUGCAUCACUGAUCCUGACGGGUCUUGGCUUCAACAAGGUGACGAUCAACAAGAAGACCAAGGACAUGUCUGGUGGCUGGCGGAUGCGCGUGGGCCUGGCCAAGGCGCUGUUUGUGCAGCCGUCGCUGCUGCUGCUGGACGACCCGACGGCGCAUCUGGAUCUGGAGGCGUGCGUGUGGCUGGAGGAGUACCUGAAGCGGUGGGAGCGCACGCUCGUGCUCGUUUCGCACUCGCAGGAUUUCCUCAACGGUGUGUGCUCUAACAUGAUCGACAUGCGGUCGAAGCAGCUCCUGUACUACGGUGGUAACUACGACUCCUACAUCAAGACGCGGUCCGAGCAGGAGACGAACCAGAUGAAGGCGUACACGAAGCAGCAGGAGGAGAUUGCACACAUCAAGAAGUUCAUCGCCAGCGCGGGUACGUACGCCAACCUGGUGCGACAGGCCAAGUCGCGGCAGAAGAUCCUGGACAAGAUGGAGGCGGACGGCUUCAUCCAGCCGGUGACGGAGGACCGGGUGUUCUCGUUCCGCUUUGCCGACGUGGACAAGCUGCCGCCGCCGGUGCUCUCGUUCGACAACGUGACGUUCUCGUACUCGGGCGAUCCCAAGGACGACCUGUACCGCAACAUUGACCUCGGCUUCGACAUGGACUCGCGCACGGCGCUGGUCGGCCCCAACGGUGUGGGCAAGUCGACGCUGCUGCGGCUGAUGACGGGCAAGCUGAGCCCGACCGAGGGUGUGGUGGCGCGCCACACGCAUCUGAAGCUGGGUGUGUACUCGCAGCACUCGGCUGAGCAGCUGGACCUGACCAAGUCGGCGCUGGACUUUGUGCGCGAGAAGUACCGGGAGAAGUCGCAGGACUACCAGUACUGGCGUCAGCAGCUGGGCAAAUACGGCCUCUCGGGCGAGUCGCAGACGGCACUGAUCGGCACCCUGUCCGAGGGCCAGAAGAGCCGGAUCGUGUUUGCGCUGCUGGCCAUUGACAGCCCCAACAUGCUGCUGCUGGACGAGCCGACGAACGGUCUGGACAUUCCGACGAUUGACAGUCUGGCAGACGCCAUCAAGGCGUUUAGCGGUGGUGUCGUCGUGGUCAGCCACGAUUUCCGACUCCUUGACAAGAUUGCCAACCAGAUCAUGGUGUGCGAGAACCGGACAAUUCGGCAAUGGGACGGCACCAUUUCCGAUUACAAGAACUACUUGCGGAAGAAGAUGAUCACGGCUGGUGCGGUUUAA